AAACCAAAACAAAAAACCAGAAAAAAAAAAUACAAAACAAAAAGCACAUAAUCGGCCAAGUGCUACCCUCUUCAAUUUUAAUGUCAACGGCUCAAUGAAAGGAACGAAGAAAGGUUUACAAGGACAGACUACUAGCAGCAGAACUCAAAUCUAAAAACCAACAAAGAUCGUAGCUUAUCAAAUGCAUCAACUGUCAUGAAUAUUUCUAAAGCUCUAUCACUUGAAUAAGGGAUGAUGUACUUAUCAUUUGGAGAAAGCUGAGGAUCAAUUCUAUGGUUUCUCAAUAUGGCUUAUGAAGUUAAGUCUUCGCUUCGAAUAGAAACUACGGGAUUGCUAGGGGUUAUGGGAAUGUUGGUUGCUCUAAUUAUAGCAUCACAAUGUCUUCAACUUUGGUACGGUAAUUUUAUGUCCUCACUAUUUCCUUCUGAUAAGGUUGCCAUGGCAGAGAAUAGUGACUUCUUUACUGGUAGACCAGUUUCUGAGUCUGAGGAGGUUGCAAAUGCGACUCAUGUUAGUGGUUUAAACUCCACUGGUAUGAAUGCACCCAAUGAGACAGCUCAUGUUAUGUCCUCAGAAGUGAAUGGAAAAGAUCUGAAUGGUGAUGUUGUGUUGCAGACAAAUGUGAGAUUGAAUUUGAAUGUAUCUCCAAGGUUUGAUGAGGGUAGCAAAUCUGGUAAGGGGUCUUCAGCUGAGACAUUGGAGCUAAGUAACAAUUCCACUAUGGAGUUUGGCCAAAGUUCUAAUGAUAAAAGUGAAGCAGAGGAAGAUAGUGAUGCCCAAGAAACCUUUUCUCCAGAAAAUGAAACCAUGUAUGGUGACUUUUCGAAUAGUAAUAUUACAGAAAGAAAUAUGUCAUCUGAAAGUAAUGGUUACUACAAUGCUGACCUUGUAUCUCCUGUAGCUGCAUCAACACUAAUCGAUUCAUCAACUAAUAUAGAAUUGAGAAAGAAGGCAGAUACAAAUAUCAGGAAUCCUGUUAUGUCUAACAAUUCCACUACAUGUUCAGCGGAGAAAAAUCUGACACCCAGUUUUGAUGGUACUGAAAAACCAGUGCAAGUGCAAGACAAUUUAAACAGACCCAGCUAUCUUCCUUUGACCAAUGGUCCUAAGGUCAAGGAAAGGAUUAAGAUGCCAAGCUCUGCAGUAAUUACAAUAGAUGAGAUGAACAGUCUGUUGCAUCAGAGUAAUGAUUUUUAUCAUUCAGUGACACCGAGAUGGUCUUCUGCAGCUGACCAAGAGCUACUAUAUGCAAGAUCACAAAUCAAGAAUGCACCCAUCAUAAAGAAUGGAGUGGAACUUUAUGCUCCACUUUAUAGGAAUUUAUCAAUGUUCAAAAGUCGAGAGAACCUUAUUCAAUUUCUGAAGAACUAUGUGGACAUGAUUGCAUCAAAAUAUCCUUUCUGGAACAGAACUGAAGGAGCUGAUCAUUUUCUCGUUGCCUGUCAUGACUGGGCACCAUCUGAAACAAAGAAGUACAUGGCCAAUUGCAUAAGGGCACUUUGCAAUUCUGACAUUAAGGAAGGUUACACUGUUGGCAAGGAUGUGUCACUUCCUGAGACAUAUCUUCGGUAUCCACAGAAGCCUCUAAGAGGUCUUGGAGGCAAACCUCCUUCCAAGAGAUCAAUCCUGGCUUUUUUCGCAGGGAAGGUGCAUGGUUAUUUAAGGCCAAUUCUCCUCCAACACUGGGAAAACAAAGAUCCUGACAUGAAAAUCUUUGGUCAAAUGCCAAAAAUGAAGGGCAAGAUGGACUACAUCCAGCACAUGAAGAGCAGCAAGUACUGCCUCUGUCCAAGAGGUUACGAAGUUAAUAGUCCACGAGUAGUGGAGGCCAUUUUCUACGAGUGUGUUCCAGUAAUGAUAUCUGACAAUUUUGUGCCUCCUUUCUUUGAGGUUUUGAACUGGGAAUCCUUUGCUGUCUUUGUUUCAGAGAAAGAUGUUCCGAAUUUGAAGAAUAUCCUCCUGUCCAUCCCACAGAAGAGGUAUCUCCAGAUGCAAAUGAGGGUGAAAAGGGUACGGCAACAUUUUCUUUGGCAUCCUAGGCCUGAGAAAUAUGACGUAUUUCAUAUGAUCCUCCACUCAAUUUGGUACACAAGAGUUUUCCAAAUGAAGCAUAGUUAAUGUAGAAGUUAGAAGUUAGAACCAUUCUGUACACGCCCUUGUCUCUGGACAAAGCUCUAGUUGAGAACCCACUGUAGAAUGGGAAAAAAUGUUUCACGUGGUAAGGUAAACUCAAAUUGACACGUGUUCCGACCACAUCUCUGCCCUUUGCUUCGAACAUGGCGUGUCCUAGUCAUAUUUUGCAUGGAAGUAAGAGAAAGGGAUAAUAAAAAUUGGGAAUCGUG